AUGGGUCGCAAGCUCGGGCUCUUUCGCGCAGCCUACCUGGUCUCGGCUAGCUGCAUGGGCUCGUUUGCCUUCGCGUUCGACACUGGUGUCGUCAGUGGUGUCCUAUCCCUUGAAUCCUUCCAAAAAGAUUUUGGCUAUACCAAAGCGCAAAAAACCAAUGUCAACUCCAACGCGGUCUCUAUUCUCCAGGCCGGUGCCUUCUUCGGCUGUUUUUUAGUCUCUCCCAUUGCCAAGUUCUUCGGUCGUCGCACUGGUUUGAUUAUCAGUUCGCUCGUAUUCACACUCGGCACAAUCUUGCAGGUCAUCAACUCGGGCAGUCUGGGCACAUUCUAUGCCGGACGCGUGAUUGCGGGAUUGGGGAUCGGUGCCGCCACGGUGCUGAUCCCCAUGUAUUCAGCUGAGAUGUCACCGAAGGAGAUUCGUGGCCGACUGGGUGCUUGCUUCCAGCUCUUCUUUGCGACAGGAGUCAUGAUUGCCUAUUGGGUGACGUAUGCGGUCGAUAAGGAUCAGUCGCCGGGUACCAACCAGUGGCAGACAGCGCUGGGACUGCAACUUCUCGGAUCGACACUGCUACUCGUCGGCAUGUGCACGGUCAAAGAGAGCGCGCGUUGGCUCGCUGCGAGAGGCAAGAUUGACCAGGCGCGUGAGUCACUCAAAUGGGUGCGUGGAGGUGAAGAGACAGACGAGCUCCAGAAAGAAUUCGAUGAGAUUCUGGCUGGGAUUGAGGAAGAGGCGCGCAUUAAGGAAAAUCUUACCUUCAAAGAGUUGCUCCUUCCCAUGAACCGUUACCGGCUCUUCAUUGCUGUCACCAUCCAGCUCUCGGCCCAGCUUACGGGUAACACCUCGCUGGCGUACUAUGCGACACAGAUCUUCAGCGCUGUUGGGGCUGGCAGUUCCGCGAAGCUGGUGACCGGAUUCUUCGGCGUCGUCAAGGUUUGUGGCGUCAGCAUCUUCCAGCUGUUCGUGCUGGAUCGCAUUGGCCGUCGGGUGCCAUUCAUGGCAGGAGCCUUUGCCAUGGGCUCGUUCAUGCUCAUCAUUGCCUGCAUCCUAGCCACUCACCCGGCUAAUGCCAAUUCCACUUCCUCCGGACCGACCUCGGCGGGUAUCGCCUGUAUCAUCAUGACCUAUGCUGAGGCCUUCAGUUACAACAUGUCAUGGGGCCCGCUUCCCUGGCUGUACGUCGGCGAGAUCUUCUCCAGCCGUACUCGAGAGCUGGGCGUGACUAUUGGCGCUGCCUCGCAGUGGCUCUUUAAUUUCAUGAUGUCGCAGGUCACGCCGCAUGCGAUUAACAACAUUGGUUGGCGCAUGUUCUUGAUGUUCGCUAUCUUCAACUACGCGAUCAUCGUAUACUCCUGGAUAGUCCUCAAAGAGACGUCGCAACACUCGCUGGAAGAGAUGCAGGAGGUCUUCGGGGGGAAGCCGAAGGAGCAGAAGCAUGUAGAGAGCGCCGUUCACGAAGAACAUACCGAGCCGGUCUCAAAAUAG